GCUGUGGUCUAUCUUGGGUUUGUUAUAAAAAAAUCUUUGCUACAGUCGUGUUGAAUAAAAUGGGAAUCUCAUUUGUUGUCUCCGCAAAGAGGGCGUUUCGGGAAUGAAGUAAUCUCGCGUAGGGUAUGGAAUAUAGAGAAUUGAUACUGUACUGUUUGUGUAGUCAAUAUUUUUCAUAAGUAGAUAGCCUAUUGAAAAUGUCAGCAUAGCCAUUUGAUGGUCUCUAUUCGAAUAACCGAGUCGAUGCAAAGACUUGUUAGGCGGUUCGUUGUCGGGGGGAAAUGACAGAGGGGGACUGAAACAGGGAGGAAUGGCAGCUAACCUUGCUAAUGGGAGUGUACUGUACGGGUAGACAUUUCACAAUGUAAGUGUAUCAAACAAUUAAAUCAGUAGAUGGCUACAUUGUAGCCAAGUUGUUUGAGCGCGUGUAGUGCACGGUUAUAAUGGUUACAUUGUAUCAGCAUCCAGAGUGUAGAUUUGCUGCAACGUCGCUGCAAGGCAAGCGUUUCCCUUUUUUGUGUGGCUAUCCGUGGUGGACAAUGAUGGUGGCUGGGACUCCGGUCACACACUGUUACUGCUACACUGCUCGAGUAGGCUACAAUGUUGCACUGCUGAGCUGAAUCAAACCGAACCAAGGAGUUCAUAUUACCUUUGGAUUAAGACGCGGGCUAAUCCUGUGUUCAUAAGGGUUGUACUGAUCAGUGAGGUCUGCUGCAAUUAUGGAUGAUCAUCAUCACCAUCAUCUUCAACUUCAUCAUCACACACAAGGAAGCAUGUCACCAUCAUAUGUGCCAAGGAAGAGGAAGGCUUCACAGCCAAAACAAAAAAGUGGUGUUCCAUUACCAGCUAUCCAGAGGAUGCCAGAUAUGAGUGUGAUGAGCAUGAUUGGUGCUCCACCUAAGAAUGAUGACCCCCAUGCCCAGGUGACUCAAAAGAUGAAAAGAACAUAUGGUAGAAAAAGGUAUGAGGAUCUGCAGAAUGUCUCCCUGGGCUCUGGUGUGGAGGAUUCAACCAGCGAGACGUCCUGUUGCUCCGUGGUUUCUUCCAGCCUGGCUGUAGCCAACGGGGAGCUGCCUCCCCCUCCCCCUCCCUCUGCCAGACUGCCUCACAGGCUGGUGGCUAAAGACUGUUGGCCCAACCAGGCCCCAGACACAGGCAGGGCCCAGGGCCGGGGUCAGGAACCACCUCCACCCUCCGAUUUUGCCAUGAAGAAAAUGCGGAGAGUGGAGGUGGACAAUGGCACACCUUCUGUUACAAAUUUCCCUCCGGAAGUGAGACAGACAGUUCCUGUUGGAGGUGGACAUGUCCAUAGCCAUGUCCAAAGUGGUCACUCAGUCGGAGGUGGACAUGUCCAUAGCUAUGUCCAAAGUGGUCACUCGGUUGGAGGUGGACAUGUCCAUAGCUAUGUCCAAAGCGAUCACUCGGUUGGAGGUGGACAUGUCCAAAGCGGUCACUCGAUUGGAGGUGGACAUGUCCAGUGCAAUCACUCAAUUGGAUGUGGACAUCUCCAGAGCAGUUACCCUAUUGGAGGUGGACUUGUCCAGAGCAGCUACUCUGUUGUAGGUGGACAUGUCCAUAGCAGUCACUCUAUUGGAGGUGUAGCUAUCCAGAGCAGUCACAGUCACCCAGCAGAGCCAACCGAGGAAGAGAAAUCUAAAGUCUUUACCUUCACAACCAAGAAAGAACCUCCUGUCUACCCCCCAGGAAGUCAAGAGGAGAGGUGGCAGCUGAUGAUCCUGGGGAAAGGGCGAGUCACGUGCCCCAAGUGUAAAAGUGUGAGCAGGAAGACUGUGGAGGGACUGAAGAAACACAUGGAGAACUGCCGAGUGAAUCCCUUCACAUGUCAGCAAUGCGGGAAACAACUGAAAUCUUCCACGGGAAUGAAGUACCACAUCAUGGCAGACCACAAUAACCUGCCCUCGCCAGAUGACAUAAAUGGCCUGGAUGACCAGUCCAUGAAGGAAAAACUGAGGAAGGUGCUGAAACGGAUGGGGAAAUUAAAAUGCUCGAAAGAGGGCUGCACUGGUAGUUUCACCAGCAUCAUGGGUUACCUGUACCACAUGAAGAAGUGUGGGAAGGAGGAGUCUGAGCUGGAGAAGCUGCUUCUCAACUGCCAACACUGUGGCAAGGUCUACAAGUCUAAGGCAGGCCUGGAGUACCACCUCAAGUCAGAGCACGCACCAGUGCCCCAGAAUGCGGAGGAGGAUGAGGUGAAGGCCCAGAGAGAUCCCAACCCUGAGAGGACACCCAGCGGCCGGGUCAAACGCAUGUCAGCCCAGGUGGCUGUUUUCCACCUACAAGAGAUUGCUAAUGACGAGCUGGCCAAGGAGUGGCCCAAGAGGAAGGUCAUCGGGGACCUGGUCCCCGAUGAUAAGAAGCUGAGAUAUGCCCGCCCAGGGCUGCCUGCCUUCAGUCAGGAGGUCCUUCGGAAGUGGAAAAAUGAAGUGAAGCUGCAAAAGAAAGUGCAGUGCCCAAACCUGGGCUGUGGCUCGGUCUACACCAGUGUGUCUGGACUGAAGGCUCACCUUGGGCUCUGCGGAAGGGGGGACUUUGAAGCAGGGAAAUAUAAAUGCCUGAUCUGUAAGAAAGAGUUCAACUCAGAGAGUGGGGUGAAGUACCACAUCAACUCUGUCCACUCCCAGGACUGGUUUGCGGUGACCUCAAAAUCCAAGAACUUUGAUAAGGUUCUGAAGACCAAGACCAAGCCCAAGAAGAACCGCACCGUGGAUGAACCCACUGACCAGCACCAGACUCUCCAUGUCUUCACCCCUGUCCUGGAGCCCUGGCAGGACAUGCAGAUGGGACCCCCACCAGCGGUGCCCGAGCCAGCCCUGCAGGCCAACCCUGAGGCAGCAGAGGGGAAGAGGAGGGGGAAGGGGAGAGGGAAGGAGAAGGACUGCUAUGACUUCACUGGCAGUGACCACUCCAGCAGUAGCAGCAGCGGCAGCUCCAGCAGCGAAUCAGAGACAGAGGAGCUUGAGGGCCAGAGACACGACGUCGACCAAUGGGCACUGCAGAGACCCAGUAUCAUCGAGACCCACCCUGAUGUCGCCAAGCAAGCCAGAUGCAACCCCUAGUUCGUCCGAUCACCUGACUUCAGAUCAGGGGUCUGUUCAGGAGGGUGCAACGUUACAGAACAUUCAGAUAGAAAUGCAUUGGUCCUGGGAUGUGUAGUCUGUGUGUUUCAACUGUAACUAUGAGGUUGUCUUAGCCAACGUUUAAUGUGUUUUAUUAUUUUAAUACGUUUGAUAAGUCUUGUUUUGUUUUCUGACAUGCUUACUUAGACUCAUCUUUUAACCCCUAUUAUGACAAGUGCUUAUGUGUUGGCUUGUGCUCCUCGAUUCAGACUGUGCCUAGUGUAUGGAUCUAUUAUUUCAUACAACUCCUUAAUUAUACCUUACAUGUUAUCAGACCUCUUCUUUACAAUGCAUAUUUAACCAAUAGCAUGUGGUGUUAAUGUAGUGUGCAUUUUAUAUAUUGGAUAGUGAUAUAUGAUAACACAGGAUGAAUUUGAGAUACAGUGGUUGUCGGUUAUAGUUGUCAGUGAUGUUUUUUAACGCUGCAUUGUUUGUUGAUGUACACAGUCCAGAUGGAAAUAGGUGCAGUUGUCAUUUAAUUUACUCCCUUUGUGCCCCUGUACUGUUUCUGCAGAUGUAUGAAUGUGUUUGGUUUAUUCUUCUGUUGAUAUUUCUGUGUCAGUGCACUUCUGUUCAAGCUAGGUUUUGAAUAGAUUCAUAUCUAUUUUAUUUAGUAUUGAAUAAUGAACUGGCAUUUGAACAUUUAAGUGAUCCCUAACAAAUAAUUAUGUUAACAAUAGCUUUUCCCUAUUUUAUGCCUUUUAUAAUUCUACUAAGACAAGUUAGACAACCAAUGUCUUUCAGUUCAAAGGUUCUGGUCAGGUCCAUGAUUCCUGUGACCAAAACAAGAGGCAUUGUGCAUGCACUUUUAUAUUGAAUGAAAUUAAGUGCUCAGUCUAAUGAUAGGCAUUCCCAUAACCCAACCUUGUAAAGGGUGACAAGUGUGCUCUAAUUUGUUAUGUCUGCUUCUUGAGGUUAAUUGUGUUCAGUCUUCACUGUUUUGAACCAAAAAAUGAAAGGGAUUACACUUCAAUUCACCAUUUGUGUACAUUUGUAUUAAUGGAAAAACUAUUGUUUCAAGUUUUAGAAAACAAAAUGCAUUAUACCUUUUUUUUUUUUUUGAAGUACUGUAGGUCUAAUGCGCUGCUAUUUUUAACUACCAGGAGUGUUAGCUAUAUCAACAGGUGAAAUAAAAUAUUAACAUAAUGCUA